AUGGCAAAAGACGGACCGUCAACGCAUGGGGGUGAUGAAGACCGCAGAUCAGUGUCCGAAGGGAGUGAUAAUAACACUGCGGGCGCCUCUACUGAUAACCACACAGCGCAACAGCAUGCAAGUGUGGAGGACAGCCAAUAUCCAACCAAUGUGCCACUAUUCAACCAGCUACCUCGCAAAGUUAUUGAACUCAUCCUCUAUGCCGUUGAUGCGAACUCCUUCGCAUCACUGACUCUACUGAACCGAGAAUGGAGACAGGCAUCCGAGUCGCCCCUGCUCUAUGCGCACCACUUGUCUCGAUGCCCGUCUUUUUCGCUCACCACCGACCUAAUCGCGGCUCCUGUGGGAUACAAUGACCUAGCGUCCUUGAAACGCAAGUUCUUGAAGGAGAUCCGACGAAACGCGUUCGAUGUACUCCUCAGACCGCGCAGAACCUUGCUCAAGCUGAUCUCAACCUCCAUGAGCUCCUCAACCGCGUUUCCGCAAGGAGAGGCCUUUCACUUUGCUUUUUCGGCUAAUGGCAGGCGACUUUUGUGCUUGAGCUCUUCAAGAAUUGUUGUCCUCGACACGACUCUCGAUACCGCCGUGGUAACCCAUGAGCUGCAGACCGUUCGGCGGCCACUGGGAGCCGCAAUCCUCGACGAUGGAUCGUUGGUGGCAGUUAUUUCCUCUAAACAUCAAGUGAACAUUUACAAUUUGACGGACGAUGACGCAAAACACACACAGACGAUACCCCUCAACGAUGUACCAGGGACGCUGGCCCUCUCCCCUACUGGCAGUGUGCUUGCGUUAGCGUCUGACGACGGUAUAGAGGUAUACGCUCUGGGCGAAGGGGCGCUGGUAACGGAACGAAGAGCUGUGCGGUGCUCUGGCGUGGAUUCGCUGUCCUUUUCCUCGGAUGGGUCCAUGCUCCUUGGUUCCUGCUCCGGGGACCAACAACGCAGUAUUGUGACAAUUACUGCCCCAUUCAUGACCGAGUCAGGGCUCGAAUCUCCUCAAGAACUAGAGGUCCGGAUGUGGACCACCCAGAUCAUGUUCCCCGACGUCAUUAAUGGCUAUAGCCAUGCUUGUCUGCUGCCUCCACACCCGGAUAGAGAAGAUAAUUGGGUCUUGGGCUAUGAUCCCAACAUUUCAGCAUUUAAAGCAGUGAAUGUCAAUAACGCCAAGACCGGUGGUACCUACUUUGCAACCCCUCUAUCGUCGAGUGACAAUAAUUUCGAAGCAUUGCCGAUCACUGUACCUACAACUGAUCCCCGAGGCGAGCUAUUUGCAUUGGGGUUUCAAGGCCGUGGUCUGUGGUUGUAUGGUGUUCCAGAUCGACUGGACCUUGCUCCUAUCGGAAACCCAGUUGUGGGAGUGCCCGAUCUAUCAGUUACAAGCCCGACGAAUGCCCAUUCUCCCAUUGUGUGCCCAAAAGAUAACUCACCACAUCUGCGGCUGAUUCUUAGUCAACCAAAGACUGUCAUCAGUGGGCAUGAGAUCACUGAUAUGGAAGGCAUUACUGCAGCCCGAUGGGUUCAGGUCAACCAUUCCACACACGAUGAUGGUGAGCAAAGAAGACCGCUGAGGUUAAUCGCUGCGGCUCCCGGAGGUGUCAGUCCGCCAACAUUCGGUGAAGAAGACGUUCCUAUCGACGGUGGAAGGGUACUACUAUUAGAUUUCGACCGAACUACCCGGGAUGGGGAGAUGACAGAGAUGAGCAUCGAGAUUGGGGAGGCAGAACCAAAGAUACUACGGGAACCCAGCCCGAGCAUGGACACGGAGGUCGAGCUGGAAAGGAGAAGAACUCGCUUGCAGCGUGGAGACACGGCGUCCCAGCGGCUCAACCGCCGGCCUUGGCUGGAAAGAAAUGCCACCGUCGCUGGAGUGUCGCGCAGUGCCGUGAAUCCGGACUCGCCGAAAGCUAGGUCGGUUUUACGCAGAGCCAACUCGGUCUUGUCUGGUGCUUCCAAUGACAUAGAUGCCGGCGAUACUCUCAAUGUCCCGGACCUACCGUAUGACAAUACGCAACCUCGGUCGCAGGAUACACUUCACCGUGCUGCUACCGCUGCGGCCACAACCCGCGGUCGCUACAACCCACGGUAUCGCAAUCCAAGUCAUUUCGAGCGCCACCUGCCUCAUGAAAGCGACGCUGACAACUGGGUCCCUCCGCCGCCGCCAUAUAGCCGCAACCCUGAGGUUCCGCUCCCUGAGCAUCUCCAGCUGUCGCUCCUUCCUAGGAUAAUGGAACCUGUACCCCAACGUGGUAAUCUCCGAAGAUCAUAUACCACGCGCCUAGAAACAAUGACGCAGGGGGCUAUGGCACGAUCUCAGACCGUUAUCCAGAGGUUAAAUACCAUCACGAGCCCAAGGCGCGGUAAUCGACUGAGAAGAACAUCCAGUGCGUCUCUACCUUCCAGGCAUAUCUCGGAACCAAGGCACACAGAUGCAACUGAACCGCCACAACCUCGCCCUUCCUCCCCAUCGAGUCCUGACGGCUCGAUUAGACCAGCGGAGGAUUCGCCACCAAUAGGCCCGGAAUCCGAGCAAGCCGAAGACUAUCCGACAGUAAACGACCUCGUCGAAUGGGACUUUGCCGUUUCUCUCAACCCAGCCAAUCUCACGGCGAGAAACUAUCAUUCCUUUUCCUUCUCCUCGCCAAACCUGCACAUCCCGGUCCUGCCGUCAGACGGCCUACCCGACCGCUCACCGCAGGAUACUUACCCUCGAGCAGCGCACGAUGUCCAGACGCUGACACCAGCAAACCGCCAAGUAGAGGAUGCCUCGCGAAUCAUGCCGCUGGGCCGUCGAGUGUCGACGGAUCCUACAAGCACGACUUUCCCGCCCAGUGCGGCUAACCAGGAAUGGCGGCAACGGAUCGAGGCGUGGAAUGAACAGACUAUCCACGAGAGGAAUAAACGGAAUCGGAUGAAAUGCGUGGUAAUGUGA